CAGUGUUGCUUCAAACGUUCAAUUGUUCGCUCCAAUUUUGACUGUUUUUUAAAUUCAACGUCUAGCUAAUUUUCGAACAUUUACAUAUUUGUUUUGCUUUAUAAAUUUUCUGUAAUGUUGAAAAAGUUUUUAAAUUUGUCUGCCGUGGGGCUCUGUCGGGUCGUCGCCAAGCGGCCGUCGCCAUCGCAGCUGCUUAUGAGGACCUACGCAAGCAUUGACCCGCAGUACACUGGCAACAGUUUCUCCACGGAUCAGGAGGACAACGGCAACAAGUACACGGUGGAGCCGGAGGCUAACGCCAACCAGAUCGUCGUGUACAGCUACCCAAUACCUCAUCGCAAGUCGUUAGUACGACUGCUGCAAGAAGUCAAUCAAGAAGAAAAACUACUGAAAGAAGCAAAAAGCGAGGAACAGUCCAUGAUGCCACAAGAACUCAAAGGAGUUCCAGCGAAACGUCAAACAAAAGAUGCAAAAUGCAAAGAAAAGGAGCAGAGUGUUGAUUCGACUAACGCUGUGCCCAAAUUUGAGCGACUGAAGUUUGAAGGCAACGUGCCAUAUCGUAAGCCCAAGACCGAACACGGCAUCAAGUACGAAAAGGUGUCGGCAGCAGUGCGAAUGAACCGUCUGGACAAGAAGUCCUAAAAGCGAUUAAAGUUUGAAGGCGUUAGAUGCAUGUUGCUUUUGUUAUUAACAUCAAGUGUGGGCUGAGUGAGAGGCAGAAAAGAGAGAAGAUAAAGCAGUAGAAGCAGCAGCUGGGAGACUGAGCGAGAAGCUAAAGCCUACAGCAACACCAAGAACGCUCUGCAAACCGUCAGACCCCACAGCUUUUUGUGUGUUUAUCUGCCAAAUAAAGACAAUCAAUAAUUUUGCGCUUCCUUAA